CAUCGUGAUAUCGUCAACUUGUCCACCCUAACUACAAUAAUACUUGUUGAACGUGUCCAAAAUUGAACCUCUGCUUGUGCCCCCGCAAGCGACGUCAACUAGAAUUAUGGCCUCCUCGGACAAUCCAGUACAUACACUCAUCCUCGAUGCAGGCCCGAUUAUAAAAAACAUUCCAGCAGUCAGCAGCUUGCUCGCACAAUCAGAGGCACUCAUCACCACACCCGCUGUCGUGCGAGAAAUCCGAGACCCUGCAACACGAUCACGCUUAGAAACAACUCUACUGCCAUUUCUGACGAUACGAAACCCGACCCCAGCCAGCUAUGAGGUUGUUGCGCAGUUUUCUAAAAAGACUGGUGAUUUCGCUGUGCUAAGCAGACCUGAUUUGGAGAUCUUAGCUCUAGCUUAUGAACUUGAGUGCGAGAAGAACGGUGGUAACUGGCGCCUGCGAAGUAUCCCUGGACAGAAAGAGCUGAAUGGACCAUUCCCAAGCAAGGAGAAGACAGAAUCAGCAAAUGCUCAACAGAAAAAUGAAUCUCAGACUGACAAAUCUGCACAAGAAACGCCAGGGAAUGGUCGGAGUACAACAGAACUGCCAACAAAACUGCCAACAGAGACUCCAGAAGCACCCUCCGAAGAAGAAUGGUCUGCAGCCACCGCAGUGGAUUCUACUAUUGAAGUGCUGGAAAUUUCACACACAGCUAUUAACUCUGCUCGAACAUCGGAAACAGGCGGUGUAUCAAUCACUGCAAAUGAAUCAUCCGAACCCCUGCGCACAGAAGAAGCACCUAAAAGCCACUCAAAUCAUCACGCAGAUGCACAUCCAGCUGAACAAAACAUACCAAUCUCGCAAUCUGAGGACGUCGAACCGAAACUCGCAGAACUACGAUUGUCAGACUCUACCGAGCAUGUUGGACCCGUGGAAGAAGAUAGUACAGAAGAAGUGCCCCAACUAACAGAAUCUUCUGACGAUUCUGACGGCGGUGGCUGGAUUACGCCCUCCAACCUGAAGAAGCACCAAACCAAAGAGAGUAAUAAGUCGUUCCAAUCCUACAAGCAACCAAAGACCAUGUCGGUAGCAACCUUGACCACCGAUUUUGCCAUGCAAAACGUCCUCCUCCAGAUGAACCUCAAUCUCCUAUCAACAUCUCUCGCCCGCAUCAGCCGCCUAAACACCUACAUCCUCCGCUGCUACGCCUGCUUCCUCACGACCAAGCUCAUGGACAAGCAAUUCUGCCCCCGCUGCGGCAAGCCCUCGCUCACCCGCGUCGCAUGUUCGACCUCCUCCACGGGCGAAUUCAAGCUCCACCUGAAGAAGAACUUCCAGUGGAAUCACCGCGGCGAGCGUUACAGCAUCCCGAAAGCCGUGCACGGCUCCUCCAACGGCAAGCGCGACGUCGGCGGCGGCAAAGGCGGCUGGGGCCAGGAGCUCAUCCUCGCCGAGGACCAGAAGGAAUACGCGCGCGCGAUCGAGGGCCAGCGGCGCCAGAAGACGCGCGAUCUCAUGGAUGAGGACUACCUGCCGGGGAUUCUGACGGGGGAUCGGAACAAGGCGGGCAGCAGGCCGAAGGUGGGCGCGGGGAGGAAUGUGAAUUCGAGGAAGCGGAUGACCUGAGGGAUGACUUGAGGGAUGGGGAGCAUAGGGAUGGUAUGUAUAGGCGUCUGGGGAUUCAAAAGAGCAUGGUUGAGGGACUUGAGGACUGGUAUUAGAGGGUAUCACGAAUUUCGAAAACGACGGGGUUUCUCCUACCUAGUAAGGCUCACGAUGCAAUAUGUUGUGCCUAACUACAACACCCCUUCUACACCUUCC